AUGUCGAAGCUUCCAUCAAUUGAAGACAUCCUAGGCUGCCAGGCCGCCCUUUUCGAAUGGGCUGAGAGCUACGACAGCAAAGACUGGGAGCGCCUCACCAAAUGCAUUUCCCCCACUCUACGCAUCGACUACAGCGCCUUUCUCAACAAACUCUGGGAAGCCAUGCCCGCCUCCGAAUUCAUCGUCAUGGCUUCCAACCCCCAUGUCCUGGGCAACCCUCGCCUGAAGACGCAGCACUUCGUCGGUGCGUCCAAGUGGGAGAAGGUCAGCGAUGACGAGGUCAAAGGGUACCACCAAAUGCGCGUGGCGCAUCAGAAGUACGCCGACGACGCCCUGACGGAGGUCUCUGUCAAGGGCCACGCGCACGGCAGCAGCACCAUUUUCUACCGCAAGGUGGAGGGCGUCUGGAAGUUCGCGGGCGUCGAGCCGAAUAUCCGUUGGUCUGAGUAUGACCACGAUAAGAUCUUUGAGCACGGCAAGGAGGAGGAUCUAUGA